GGUCCAUCGCUUAGUAGGAGAGAAUUUGAAUUGUAGGAGAGCCCCGUAGGGGGAACAGAGCGGGACAUGUUUAGCUUGGAGAAGAGGAAACAGAGAGGUGAUAUGAUAGCCAUCUUCAAAUAUCUCAAGACUGUCACAUGGAAGACGGAUCAUGCUUGUUUGCUGCUGGUUCGAAGGGUAGGAACUGAAUCGAUGGAUUCAGAUUACAAGGAAGGAGAUUCCGACUGAACAUCAGAAAGAGCUUUCUGACAGAGCUGCUUGACAGUGGAACGGUCUCCCUCGGGAGGUGGUGGACUCUCCUUCCUUGGAGGUUUUUAAGCAGAGGUUGGAUGGCCAUCUGUCAUGGAUGCUUUAGUUGCGAUUCCUGCAUUGCAGGGGAUUGGACUAGAUGACUCUUAGGGUACCUUCCAAACCUAGCAUUCUAUGAUCUCAUGCAUACACCCCCCCCAAAAAAAAAUACAACUGUAAGAACAGAAUCCUUUCCUCCUUUUCUACCUGAAAUGAGUUUGACAGCAAUGAUAACGAAUAGUGGUAGUUGAGAUUCUUGCAUUGCAGGGGGUUGGACUAGAGGACCUUCGGGGGAUCCCUUCCAACUGUACAAUUCUAUGAUCCUAUCUAUGCAUGGUGUACAAGAAGUCUUGGGUUCAGUCCAAAGACCCCUGCCUCUGAAACCCUGGAGACCCCUUGGCAGUCAGGACAGACAACACUGAUCUAUAUGGACCCCGUGGCCUGGCUUGGUCUAAAACCAAGACUCCCCGAAGUUUUGGCUUCAUAUCUCAGUUUGUCUUUUCUCACAACCCCACUUGUUACAAAGACUUAGAAUCUGCAAGACGAGGGGGUUCUCCUCCCCAAAAGCCCUGGGAUCCUUAGAGCAACACCAACCCUCCCCCCUCUCUCUCACCCCAAUUCCUGGCCCUGGCUACCCAAGCGAGCCGGCGUCGCUGGCAGCGAUCCCAGUCCGUUUCCGAUUCAGCGUGUUUCUGGUCUGCGGAUGUUUGUGCGCUCGUCUCUCUCUCUCUCUCGACACAGCAGUUUCUGGGUUGGAAAUAAGAGGAAACUGCUGGUGUGACGAGGGCCUGGCACACCCAAGGCUUCCGUAGGAGGGGCGCGCAUAGCUGAUGCUUGCCUCCGGCUUAUUCUUAGCACGUUGCAAGCUUCAGAGCUCUUGAGUCGCUGCCAGAGCGAGCCCCAGCGCACCCGAGGCUCACGCUUGCCGGUGCUCCUUCCGCCACGCACGGAGAGGCUUUCUGGCCGCUCGCAGGAGUGCCUCUCCUACUUCAGAGAGAAGAGAAGAGGCAGGGACUGGGAAGCAAAAUGCCUCUGAGGAGGUGGGAGAAGCACCUUCGCGCAAAGCGAAGGUAACAUUGGGAAGUUUUAGGAGCCUUCUGCCCUCAAUGGACCCGGAACCUGCUCACAGAACCACGUCCCGAGGCUUACCCAGUGCUUUUGGAGCCGUGUGAGGAUUGUAGUGCGUGCCUCGGCUUGCCACACCAGUGUUCGAUGUGCGUUGUGUUGGGAAUCUCUGAACAGGGGAAGAUUGUGUCGUAUGCUGAAAGGCUGUGGAUUUAUGGAGGGUCCCGGGCGCAGCUUUGAGCACUGCGCCGCGCAACAUCCUGCCCGCUGAAGGAAGGACGCCGCCUCCCCGCCCCAAACUGGGCGCCCUGAGUCGCUGGGCUUCACCAUUCAGGUCUCCUGUGCAUGGCUCUUGCAGCCCGAGGAGGACUUUUGCCGCCUGCUGCCCCAGCCUGAGCUGCCCCGGGUCCCCAUCGCUGCCCCGAAAUAUUCUACAUAUCCAGAUGGGGUAACGUGAUGGCUCAGGACAGACGCCGGUGGGGUUAACCGAAUGCAGAGGCCUUUCUAAAGAGGGGAAAGAGAGAGAGAGAGAGUAGAGAGCCCAGGCAGGGAAGCAGAGCAGCAGCAAAGGACGUCUAAAAUUGCACACACAAAGGAAAUUGACACUACAGCAGGUUUUGGUUUUGUUUUGAUUUUUUUGGAAGUAUUGCUCAGCAGCAAGCACAGGGUUCCUUUUUUUCUUCUUAACUGGAUGGUUUAGAGAAUCCAGCCUGCGCUCUCCCCAAAGCUGGGAAUAUUUUGCACAACAUUUGUGUUGGUCGGGGGUGGAGAAAAGGCUAGCCUUUUUGCCAAACUCUUCCAUUUCCUUUUUCGCCCUGCAAAUCAUCUUCUUCUUUUUCGCCUCCUUUGGGGGCGUGUUGGAUUUUGGUGUGUGUGCAUUUGUUUUUUUUUUCCCUCCUCCUCCAACCCAAUCUUGAGACCCCCACUCCUCCCUCCACCAUGGCCCGCAUGAACCGCCCGGCGCCUGUGGAGGUUUGCUACAAGAACAUGAGAUUCCUGAUCACCCACAACCCAACCAACGCCACUAUGAACACCUUCAUCGAGGACCUGAAGAAAUACGGUGCGACGACAGUCGUGAGGGUUUGCGAAGUUACCUAUGACAAGACUCCGCUGGAGAAAGAUGGCAUCACCGUCAUGGACUGGCCCUUUGACGACGGUGCUCCGCCACCCACCAAGAUUGUGGACGACUGGCUCAACCUGCUGAAAACAAAGUUCUGUGAAGACCCCGGCUGCUGUGUGGCUGUCCAUUGCGUGGCUGGCCUGGGACGAGCUCCGGUUCUUGUCGCGCUGGCGCUGAUUGAGAGCGGGAUGAAAUACGAAGAUGCCAUUCAGUUUAUUAGACAGAAACGCCGCGGAGCCAUCAACAGCAAGCAGCUGACGUACCUGGAGAAGUACCGGCCCAAGCAGCGGCUGCGCUUCAAGGACCCUCAGAACCACAAGAACAAAUGCUGCAUCAUGUAACCUCAGUAAUAGCCUCUUGCCAAAACACACACACACACAAACUCCGCAAAAACAAACACAGGGCUUGAUCUCUGAAGUCACAGGCGGUGACUACCUUUCCCACCUGGCCAGAUUCCCCUUGUUCGGCGGCGCCAAAUCUGGCAGCGCUGGGAUCUGAGCCUAGGAGGGAAGGUGGCUGAGUUCCCCCCGCAAAAAAUCUAGAAAUUAUGUUGUUGGUUCCCCCCCCCCCCCCGGUCCCUCUCUCUUCGCAGAACACUUGCCAAGAGUACCUUGCGAUGAUGGCAAACCACAAUGCAAUUGUGCUUUUUUUCCUUGGUGCGGGGGUGUAUCUAUCUGGGACCACCACAUCCUCCCCCAAAAAAACUUCCUUUCCAGGCAGGGGCAGGCCCCAGCAGGGGCCGAGUGGGAUUGCUUUGGGUGGGAUAGACUUCUUGUAGCUCAGACCCUUUGCCACUGCCUCCCCUCUCUCUGAUGCCAGCGUGGGUUCCGACCCACCAAGCCAAAAGCUGUCUUUUGGCAGUGCCACUCUGCCACUGCCUCCCCUUUCUGCUCGGGGGGGUGUCUCAGAUUGACUUGGUGGGCACCACAGUUUUUGCCAGGCCUUCUGGAACCCAGGUGGAAAGCUGGCUUUGGUCGGAGGGAUGGCAUCGAUUGGGUAAUGGGGUGAUGGCUUAGUUGCCACCUUCUUGCAAAGUAGCCUUUCUUGCAAGGUAGUCCUGUGGUCAUCUUGGGUGACCUGCUCUUUGAUCUAACUCCAUGAGGGGGGGGGGUUUCCUCACUCCAUUUGGGAAAGGUACAGGGAAAUUUCUCUGCAAUGCACAUCAGGAAAGCAAACGGGCUCUCUGCCAAAGGCACCAUAGUUCUACCUUGUGAGAUUUCGUCCCCCAGGUGCUAUAAUUCCUCUCAUCCAUUUCCCACCCUUGCCCCUCCUUGCAAGGACAUCCUAGGGUUGUAUCUCAUUGGCAAAGGUUUGGCUUACCUGCACGAGAAACAGAGUGAGUUCAGGGGAGGCAGGGAGCUAGUAAAAAAUGGUUUUUGGUCUGAGAACAGAGGGCUUCAGGAAUGUUUGGCAUUGGGCUCAGGAAUUGGGAAGAGGCGUGAGACAGAGAAAACUGUUUCGUGCAUGGAACGACACCGGGUUUUGACAUGGAGGACUGCACAAUUUAUUCCUCUCUCCGCCCUAGGCCUGAAGAGAUCAGGCCAGGAGAUAGCAACCGCUCUUGCCCCUUGCAGCUAUUCCUGUGGUCGCGGGAAGUUUGCGAGGAGAUCCCACUUCGCGGGAGAAGAAUAAAUGAGCCUGCGAUGUAAUUUUGGCACCCAGGGAGAUCCCGGGACCUCAUAGGCCCAGUUUUCAGAGACAGAGGGAGCUUGACCCAGGAGAAGUAAUAAAUCUUCUCUUGACUCUUCACAGGUUGUGAGGAGGUUACCAGAAGAUUUAAAAUCCAUUUCCGUGCUGCGGUUUUGCCCUUGUCGAGAGCACCCAAGCCACACCUUCUGUUUUGAUGCUUAACAUUUUUAAUCUCUAUUAAACGCACAAGUUAUUUCUGGUGAUUUUGUCUUUGCGCAGCUAAAUCGCGCCAUUGCCAUCUGGGUUCCUGCAGAUUUGCUGCCCCAGCAAUGGGCUGUGUGAGAAUAGCAGCAGCGGCUGGUCCUAUACUGGAUUCGUAGAAUUGUAGAGUUGGAAGGGACCCCCAAGGGUCAACUAGUCCAACCUCCUGCAUUGCAGAAAUCACAGCCCCCAAAGCAUCCGUUCUGCCUCGGCGUUCCUCAGCAGGGAAAUGGCUGUUCUAGGGAGCCGCUCACUGUCUCUUCCCUGAAAGAGGACUAAGGCUAUGUGCCCCUCGGUGCAAAAAACAACGGUAACAAUUCUACCCCCCAAUAUAUUAUGGGCCAAGAAAUCAGGGGACUGCCAGGGGGGCGGGUGAGGAAUAAUAAUUCUGUCCCUCUUGCCUCAUUCUGGUUUCCCUAGUCCUCUAUUUUGCAGCUUGGCUACUGAAGCCACACUUCCAAAUCGUGAAAAUCUUCAGGGAUUGCUCAAAAGUCAUGAGAUCCAGAAACUUGGUUUUGAUUUGCUACCAAAAAUGGGAGUUCUGAGUACAUAGCCACUUUUUGUGCGCUCUCCUCCUUUUCUGGCACUUCGGAGUGGCAUGCAAUGUUAUCACAGUCAUGCAACUGUUUGGAGGUGCACACAUUUCAUCUGCAUGCAGAAGACCCUGGCUGAAGUGGUAAUCCGUGUCGGAAAUAGAUGAAUUAAAGUCCCCAUGAGCAAAUCGAGGAUCUUUGCUUUUGGCAAACGUGCACUGAGAUUUGCCCUGCCUCUCCCUGUAAGCCUUGGUAUUAUUAGUGCUCUGAAGGUGAACUUGCCCCAAUCUGAGAUGCGCAGCCCACAGAGACCCCACAGCUGUGGUGCAGAUGCCGCGAAGCUAAUGCUUCCCUCUUGGUUUUGUAGCAGAAGUUUCAGUUGCGUUUUUAAUACCUUCAAGCAAAAAGUUCAGCAUUUUUGCUUUUAAACUUUGAAGGUUGUCUUCCUUGGCCCAGAAAGCUUUCUUCCGGUUGACGAUAAAUGUGCAGUCCUCUUGGUGAAAAAUCGCUCGCAGCUUCCAUGCGUGGGUGGGAGCGAUUUCCUGUGCUGAGAGCUCAAGUGUGCAGCCAGCAGGUUAUGGGGUGGAGGAAGGGUGGGAAUUGUUCAGCCUGCAAAGGGCGUGACUUGGUGGAUGGAACAGUUUUUUGGGGGGGGCAGGCAGGCAGCUGCUUUGGGUGAGCUUCUACCAAAUUGGGGGGGUGAGACUUGGGGCGGGGAGCUUUGCUGACUAGGGUGGACUCAAGCAGAUCGCAGCACAAAAUGUGCAUGGCUUUGCGCCUGCGCCAGAAUUUGGGCUAACUAUUGUGGCAGAAGCAGGAUUGCACCAUUUCCCCAGGGUUUCAGGCUGCAGGCAGAGAGGCUGUGUUGUGCGGAAGCUUUCACGCACAUGGGAUCCUUGCAUGUAGACAGCUAGCCUGUCAGGGAGAAAGAAGACUCGGCCCACCCGCCUCUUCUGGCAUAUGGCUUUCAUGUGCACUGCUGGGAUUCUCCUCCCCCCCCCAUCCUGCCUCCCAUGUGAACCAUUCAGAUAAUGGAUUUCCUCUUCCCUCAGACUCAAGUGGUGCAAAUUAGGAAAGGGAUGCCUGCCUCGGAAAGAGGUGGUCGUGCCAACACAACUUCACCCGACCGUUCCUGACCUCCUGGUUUUAAUUUUUUAAAUUUUAUUUUUUAAAUGUUGCUUGUAGUUUUCCCUUCCAAGGAGAGAAGCAUUGUUCCGGUUCAUGUAUGUCACUGCCAGCCUCCAGGUUGAGGGGGUCUUUCAAGAAGCUCGCUCCUCAUUUUAGCCCCUAGUUAGCAACCUUCUGCCAUCAGCACAUAAUGUACCCAAACGUGGUGAAACUUCAUAGCCUGGAGAUGCCAUCUUUACGGUAGAGUCUGGCCGCCACUCAGCUUGCUCCAGAGCCCAAGAGAAGUCUCUGGGAACACAGUGCCCUCCCUCAAAUUAAAAGUGACCACCAUUUGUGCAGACCACGACCUGGUGGCGGGUGGGGGUGGAGAGCAAUGGUCAGCCCAGGCAGGGGGAAGUUAUUUUUAUCUACCUGCUGCAUCAAGAAUGUUCUUUAAAAGGGCACAAGCGCCAACUUUUUUUAAAGAUCCUUUCCGAAAAGCGCUGUUCUAUCCCUCAAACGUGCACCUUUUGCAAAAUAAAAAUCCCCCAUAGGUCUCUUUUUAGAAAAAUAAAAUUUAAAAAAUCAUAGCACAUAAAAUGUCUUCAGACCUUACUUCAGAGCUCCGGCUCAGCCCAGACACGAGACAUACCAGCAUUUUAAAUAGCCUUAUAGUGUGGAAAUCUUGAAUUCAAAUUUAAAAAACGAAAGCUUGCGUGUAUCCUCUAGCAGGGAGGGUGGGGGGAACAUAUAUAUAAAUUUGCAAUGCCUCUUGUGGUUUUUGUGUGUGUGGUACUGGGAGAGGUGAUUUCUCUCUCCCGACUGUUGUAAAGCAAAAGUGAUCAUGUUCCUCCGCAGAUCUCAAGGCGCUGUGCACUGGCAUUGCAGCCCAAAGUGGGGAUUUGAAACACCCUCUUAGCUCUGGUAUAUGGCUCAUUACAAUGUCCAGGAAUGUGAAUUUAAAUGGUGUGUGUGUUUUCUACUAUUAUUAUGAUUAUUAAAAACGACAAUAAUGUGUUUCAGAGGGGGGAUUUCCAACUGCUAAUGCAAACUUUGCGAUGAAAUGACGUUUUAUGUUCAAGGAGAUCGAGAUCAGGGGAGAAAGGGGGCUUCCAGCAUAGCUCCAAGGGUCGUUCCACCCCAAGGCAACCAGAGAAUUGCUCAGACCCUCCUCUGUUGCACCCUCGAUGUAACAUCCUGGAAGUGAUGGGUGUACAGUUUUUCCAACAUUUCCCCAUGCGCAGGUUUUUCCCACCUGAAAGCAAACAAUUGCAUUGAACGUGCAGCACGGUGGGGUCCGAUGGCAUCUUUCGGGGCAUUGAAAGAGCCUUUUGGGAAGAGAGGGGAGGAAAGGGACAGACCUGGCAGGAAGGAAAUUGGAACGGCUUCCGCCACAUGGACCUCACACCCCCGUUCAAUCUUCCAGCAGCCUGGGAGCGCCUUAAAUUCCGCCGGCUUCUUCCCACACUGCUUUUGCGCUAUCGCGACGGGGGGGGGUGUCCUAGCUUAAGCAUC